AUGCCUCCUGCUUAGUGAUAGCGUAGAGACUGUAGUGUUCACAUCACACGCGACACCGAAUAUUUUUCGCACGUUUAACGCGCGCCUGACAAGAGGAUCAUUCGAUUCCGCGACACGAUAAUUGGUUACGUUAAGGCGCGCACACACAUUUAGGUAUAUAUACGUAAUAUAUAUAUACGGUCAUCUCGACAAAUCGCACACAUAUACAUAGGCACGUACGCACAGGACAUAACGUUAGGAACAGACUGUCUCGCGAAGGACUCACGAGAUAAAAGUAAGAACCAAUAGGAAUUUUUCUCGCGUGAAAAUUCUAAUUAUUUCCGGGAGCAACGUUCAACGCACAUUCCAACGACUGUGACCACUUUUUCAAGAGUGUUUUUUACGAGGAUUUUUUUGCACCGAAACGCACACCCCGAUCGUCCGGAUUCUCUUUCCUUCUUUCCAGACGGAAGUUUUUCGUGAAUCAACAAUAAACGACACACGACACGAACGAGGAGAGAGUUCCCGUGAAAGAGGGGACAACGACCAGAAAGACACACUCGGCCGGUCGACCUUUGACACUUUGCCAGGGGGUGACUACCCCAAGGACAACCGGAAGUGCUUCGAAACGCACACGCCGUACAACCGGCUAUAGCGUGUUCCUAGUCGGGAACACGCGUUCGUUUUCCGUCCAUCUUGCCUCUUGGUGAGAGGAGGUGUGCCGCCGCGCCGCGCCAAGCCACACGCGCGCACCCUCUUGUUCCCCCGUGAACUUCCGGUCUCGAAGAUCCUCCUCGAGGACGUGGGGCAAGGAGAGAACGUGGUGAAGAGGUGAAGUUCGAUUAAUCGGGGAGGUGAACACACUCUGUCUGUCUCUCUUUUACUCGCUGUCUCUCUCUCGUCGGGGCGUCGUCAUCGUCGUCGUGGUCGUCGUCAUGGGCGGAUGUACCUCGAAGGAUAGCACGUCGAACGACGACAAGAAAUCCAGCAACAUGGUGGACCAGGCAGUUUUGGACAAACUUGAAGCUGGCUUCAGCAAAGUGUCUGGCUCUGACAGCAAGUCCCUGUUGAAGAAGUAUCUGACCAAGGAGGUCUUUGAUCAACUGAAGACAAAGAAGACAUCCUUUGGCUCCACCCUUCUUGAUGUGAUCCAGUCUGGUGUGGAGAACUUGGACUCUGGUGUUGGUAUCUAUGCCCCUGAUGCUGAGUCCUACACAGUUUUUGCUGACCUCUUCGACCCCAUCAUUGAGGACUACCAUGGUGGCUUCAAGAAGACUGACAAGCAUCCACCAAAGGACUUCGGAGACGUUGAUUCUCUUGGAAAUCUUGACCCUGCUAGUGAAUUCAUCGUUUCCACCCGUGUGAGAUGCGGUCGUUCUUUGGAGGGCUACCCCUUCAACCCCUGCUUAACCGAGGCCCAGUACAAGGAGAUGGAAGAGAAAGUCUCCAGCACUCUGUCCGGUUUGGAGGGUGAACUGAAGGGAACCUUCUACCCUCUGACCGGCAUGAGCAAAGAGAUCCAGCAAAAACUGAUCGACGACCACUUCCUCUUCAAGGAGGGUGACCGUUUCUUGCAGGCCGCUAACGCUUGCCGUUUCUGGCCCACUGGCCGUGGUAUUUUCCACAACGACGCCAAGACCUUCUUGGUCUGGUGCAAUGAGGAGGACCAUCUCCGUAUCAUCUCCAUGCAAAUGGGUGGUGACCUUGGACAGGUCUAUCGUCGUCUUGUGAGUGCCGUGAACGAGAUUGAGAAACGAGUUCCGUUCUCUCACAACGACCGUCUCGGUUUCCUGACCUUCUGCCCGACUAACCUGGGUACUACAGUCCGUGCUUCAGUGCACAUCAAGCUGCCCAAGCUGGCUGCCAAUAGGACGAAGCUCGAGGAGAUUGCCGGAAAGUUCAACCUCCAGGUCCGUGGUACCCGCGGAGAGCACACUGAGGCCGAGGGUGGCAUCUACGACAUCUCCAACAAACGACGUCUCGGUCUGACCGAAUACCAGGCUGUGAAGGAGAUGCACGACGGAAUCGCCGAGUUGAUCAAACUCGAGAAGGAACUUUAAAAAGCGCGCAAGAGACAAGAACAAUCACGCGAAAUCAUUUCCCUCUCUUUUAUUCGCCCUUUAGACGUUCUUGAUACAUCGAGGAU